UGUCGGAUGAGAAUUCUUCCACCAAUUCCACUCCAUUCCCUCCCCUUCCUCGGCUCUGAAACUGAUCUACUUUCAUGGAUUCCAUUAGGAUGGAGAAGUUUCAUGCCAGGAAGAGGAAGCAGUUCGUCCCCAGCCUCCUCCACUACUUUGUCACGCUCUUAUUCUUGGCCCUCUUCCUAUCCAGCCCCCUGUGGCUUCCACGAGUAAGUUCAUGCCUCCUUUCUCUCGCGUCCGUGUCUGGGACCAAGUGCCUCGUCCUACUCUGCAACAUCGUCGUCGUCUUCCUCGUGAGGACAAGCGAGUCCAAGACUUCGCAGCCCUCCCCGACGGAUAUCUACGAGGAGUACAUGAACAGGAAGGUAAACAAUGAGCGGCAGGACGAGUGGAGGAGCGAGAAGAGAACAGAAGAAGAGGAAGACUCAGAGGAGGAGGAGGAGGAAGAAGAAGUGAGCGAGAUUGACAAGAAAGCAGAGGACUUCAUUGCGAGGAUAAAUUGGCAGAGGAAGCUUGAGGAGAGGAGGCUGCUUUCUUAUGGUUAUGGCUAAUUAAAAAACAUGAAUUUUGAAGGAGAGGAGAGGAGAGUGUGUGAGCUCGUUACGUUGUAAGAGAUGUUGCUUAUAGAGAUUUGGCUUUGUUAUUGCAAAAACUGAUGUCCAAAAUGAUAUCAUCAUGCAGGUGUACAUGCUGUAUGUGCAAGAACAAGACAGUUUGAAGGUUUUUGAAUCA